AUGCCUUCCCUCCUCCGCCGCGACGACUACGAAGACGGCUCAAGUCCCCUAACCAUCGACCUAAUGAUCGUCCUCGUCUCCCUCUCCUUCGCCGGCCUCGUCUCCGUCGGUCUCAUCUACGCCGUCCGCAAAUACCAAGCCCACCGCGCCUCGCGCCACACCGUCCUCCCCUCCUACCAAACCCGUAACAUCCACGACCUCCACGUCUCCGCACCCCCUUACUACGACGAGAAGCGCUACAGCAGCGGUAGCUCCAGCCCGGGUUCCGGCCCGAGCUCGCCGGUGCCGGAAAUCAGGAUCACUUUCCCGGAUGAUGUUGAUGGACAGGGUCGCCACCUGAAGGGGCGCGUGGUCGUCGUGAGGGUUGGGGAGAAGGGGGGCGUAGGACUUGAACCGGUGAGGGAUGAGCAGCUGCCCAAGUAUGAGCGCGAUGGGAAGAAGUGGGAUGAGCUGGAUAUGGACCUCAUGGGCGGGCUGAAGGAGAAGAAGGAGUUCCUGUGA